AUGCCGAACCUUAGGAAAUUUUCGGAAAGUAAUAGAGGAGAUUCAUUUCGAAUUCAUCGUGCAUUUAAUGAUGACAAACGAGACGAGAGACGACUUUCAUGGAGAAUCCCCCGAGCAAGUCAUGGAACAGUGAAUGAAUCGAUGAUUGAGAGACGCAAUUCAUGGAGAUACCCAAGAGAAGAAAUGAACCCAACGAAAAAUUCAGAUUUGAGAAAAUAUUGGUUACAGAGAUUUUCUCUCUUCAGUCGAUUUGACGAUGGAAUCAAGCUUGACGAGGAGAGUUGGUAUUCCGUCACUCCGGAGUUCAUCGCCAGAAAAACUGCGGAGAGAUUGAAAACUAAUGUGAUAAUUGAUGGCUUUUGUGGAGCUGGAGGAAAUGCCAUACAGUUCGCCUUCACUUGUAACAAAGUGAUAGCAAUCGACAUCGACCCGAAAAAAAUUGAACUGGCGAGAAAUAAUGCAGCAGUUUAUGGUGUAUUGCAUAAAAUCGAAUUUAUGGUUGGUGAUUUUAUUCAAUUAGCUUCAGAAAUCGAAGGAGAUGCUGUCUUUUUGAGUCCACCAUGGGGUGGUCCAUCUUAUAUAAAUGAGAAAUCAUACGACCUGGAAAAUAUGCUACAACCAGUUCCAUUUUCAGAAUUGGUAGAAGUCAGCAAAAAAAUUUCUCCGAAUAUUGCCGUUUUUCUUCCUAGGAAUAGUAAUACCUUUGAUAUGGAAAAAUAUGCAGGAAAAAAUGGAUUAGUGAAAAUUGAAAAAAAUUUCAUGGAUAAAAGAUUAGUAGGUGUUACAGUAUAUUUUAAUGACAUUGUAAAAAAAAUGGAGACCACGGGAACAUAAGCGGAGUGUAGGAAGACCACCAAAACGCUGGUUGGAUGAUAUUAAAACAAAGGUCGGACGAUGUUGGCACCGUUUGGCUCAAGAUAGGGAAAAUUGGAAAAUUCAGGGGGCGGCCUAUGUCCAGGAGUGGAUGCAGACAGGCUGUUGAAGAAGAAGAAGAAGAUUGUAAAAUAUGAUAAGUGUAGAAAUAAAUGAUACAAAAAAAUUUGAUAAUUUUAUUGAAAAAUCCUUUCAUUUUCAGAACUAUAGGUAUUUUGCCUGCGACAUCUUCAAGAUAGAACACACAAUUCCGAAUGUUCGAAAUCUUCGUAGAUUCCGGAUAAUAAAAUCUACAGCACAUUCUAUAUCUCCCAUAGCCUCAGAUUCUUUACUAAAUUUUCAACUUCAAAUCAAUUAUGAAAAUUAAUUCGAGGUUAAACAAUUUCAAAAUGAGAAUAAAUAACUUCAAUAUGUUUAGCACAAGCAAAUGCGGAAUAAACAUCUUCAACAUGAGAAUGAAGAUUAUUUUUUCUAUCAAUGAUAAAAAAAAGAAUAAUAACACUUUUUGUAGUUUUUUUGGUCAAAGAGAAAAAAAAAAGAUCUUUGGAAGGAAUUGAUCAAGGAAGUGAUAUCGGUACCUUACUGUUCAUAAUAUAUCUAAAUGAUCUGGGAAGGUUCAUAGAGAAGAAUCAAAGGUUUCGUUAUUUGAUACAAACUGAUCUAAAAAAGAAAAAUCAAAUAUAAUGAAGUUGUCACAAUCUCAUUAUGAAUUGUCAAAAGCAGUCAAAUUUCUAGAGAUUCAUGUCGACCAAUUUCUAAAUUGGCGCAAACAUACGGAAAUUUUGUCAAAAAUUUGAGUAGAAUUUGUUUUGCAUUGAGAUCUAUUUCAAACUAUGUAAAUAAAAACUCUUUAAGAGUUGUGUACUUUGGAAAUUUUGAAGUCACUCUUAGGUAUGGAAUUAUGUUUUGGGGAACUAAUAAAAACUUGGAAACAAUAUUUUCAAUUCAAAAAAGAGCUUUUCGUAUUGUUUUUAAAUUAGGUUUCAGGGAAUCCUGUAGAGGAAAAUUUAGAAUUAAGAAUAUUUUUACAGUAUUUGGUUUUUUACUUGUUUGAGUGUUUGCUAUUCAUACAUAAAAAUAGGCACAGUUUAUACAAUGAAAUAUCAGAUACACAUAGUACAAGAACAUUUGAUAUAAUAUAUCCAGCUCAUAGAUAAUCUUUAACGGAGAAAUAUCCAACAUAUAAGAGUUGGAGUAUUUAAUAAGCUGCCUAGGGAUAUAAAACAGAUUUCAGACUAUAAAGUUUUCAGAAACAUAACAAAGCAUAUGCUUAUCGUGUUAGAACCAUAUAAUCUCAGGGAAUAUUUUGGGAGCUAAUUGAAGCUCAAAUUUUGUUUUGACCUCAUUUCAUUCAAAUUUUAAGUUUGUUUUAUAACUGUACUUUAUUGGAAAUAAAGGGAUAUUAUUAUUUAUUAAUUGCGGUAUUAAUAAAGCAGCAAAUGAAGUGCAGUAAGUGGCGGUAUUUACUUCGUAUGCCGAUAGCACUUGAGUGGGAUCAGAACGCCAUAGAAUUUUCUGAUAUUUUCUCUCUUCUUUUUUAACUAAGACCUGUCUAUAAAUUUUUUCGAUGUCUCCUGUAAAAACAAUAAUAUGAAUACGG